AUAUACAUAUGUGGCUUUUAAAAGAGAGAAAAAUGUAUAUAAUAAGUCCUCAUAUAAUAAAUAUUCAAUUUAGACAAAAAGGAUAAGAUCUAUAUAGUUUGGUAGUAUUGGCUCGUCAACCAUGUUCUUUUAAGCUUCUCUCUCCUCUUACCUUGGAGUCCACGGCGGCUAUGGAGGUUCGAUUCGAAUUUAUAACGACUUUUGGGAUUUAGCAGCAUGGAUAGCAAAACUGGACUUUCCGAUUCGACCGAGAUCUUAAGCAAUAGUAGUAGUAUUUGCAACUUAAGGGAAUUCCCUUCGGAGCCUGAGCCUUCCGAUGUUGGCCUCAAUCGCUUCUCGGAGAAUCUAUACUCAAUCUUCGAGUCCCCGGAUUCCGAGUUCUUUGCCGACGCCUGGCUCGCCGUGACCGGAGGUAGGGAAAUUCCGGUACACCGGUGCAUUCUCUCGGGGAGAAGUGGGUUCUUUCGGAAUGUGUUCGCUGGGUCGAAGGAUAGAGGUUCCAGGUUCGAAUUGAAGGACUUGGCUAAGGAUUACGAGGUGGGUUUCGACUCGGUGGUGGCGGUUUUGGGUUAUUUGUAUAGUGGAAAGGUCAGGGCGUUGCCGAAAGGGGUUUGUGUUUGUGUGGAUGAGGAUUGUUCCCAUACGGCAUGUCGUUCGACUGUGAACUUCAUGGUGGAGGUGCUCUAUGCUUCUUUCACGUUUCAAGUCUCCGAACUGGUGUCGCUUUAUCAGAGGCACCUUUUAGAUAUCCUCGACAAAAUUGCAGCUGAUGAUGUCUUGGUGGUUCUAUCUGUUGCUAAUAUAUGUGGAAAAGCUUGUGAGGGACUGCUGGAAAGGUGUACUGAAAUUAUUGUUAAAUCCAAAUUUGAUGUCAUUACUCUUGAUAAGGCUUUACCACAACACACGGUUAAAAAAAUAAUAGAUUCACGGUUGGAGCUUGGUUUUGACAAUUCGGAAGGCCUUAUAUAUCCUGAAAAACAUGUAAAGAGAAUACAUAGGGCUCUGGAGUCGGAUGAUGUUGAGUUAGUCAGAAUGCUACUGAAAGAAGGGCAUACCAAUCUUGAUGAUGCACAUGCACUUCACUAUGCUGUGGCAUACUGUGAUGCAAAGACGACGGCUGAGUUGCUUGAUCUUGGACUCGCUGAUGUUAAUUGCAGGAAUAAUAGGGGAUACACUGUUCUUCAUGUUGCUGCAAUGCGGAGAGAGCCUAAGCUUAUAGUAUCUCUUUUAACAAAGGGAGCAAGACCAUCUGAUCUUACAUUGGAUGGAAGGAAAGCACUUCAAAUAGCAAAGCAGUUAACCAGGUCUGCAGAUUAUUUUAAGCCUACUGAGGAAGGCAAAGAUUCUCCAAGAGAUCGAUUAUGCAUAGAGAUAUUAGAGCAAGCAGAAAGAAGGGCUCCAUUACUUGGAGAAGCUUCUGCCUCUCUUGCUAUGGCAGGGGAUGAUCUGCGGAAGAAGUUGUUGUACCUUGAGAAUAGAGUUGGACUGGCGAAACUUCUAUUCCCCAUGGAAGCCAAGGUCGUUAUGGAUAUUUCUCAAAUGGACUGCACGUCUGAAUUCAUAAAUGGGCUAAGUUCAAAGAAUUCAGCUGGUGCCAAGAGGACAACCGUAGACUUAAAUGAGGCCCCUUUUAAGAUUCAAGAAGAACAUUUGAUCAGGUUGAAGGAACUCUCUAGAACUGUGGAACUUGGGAAACGGUUCUUUCCUCGUUGUUCAGAAGUACUCAAUAAGAUCAUGGAUGCUGAUGACUUGUCACAGUUAGCUUAUUUGGGACACGGCACUCCAUCAGAACGGCUAGCAAAGAAAAGAAGAUACAUGGAACUGCAAGAAGUUCUAACAAAAGCAUUUAAUGAGGACAAACAAGAAAUUGAUCAGUCUGUUUUAUCAUCUUCUUCAACUUCAACUUCAGUAGGGUUGGUGAGGUCUAAUGGUAAGCCAGCAUAAGGAAUAUGUUUGUUGUAUCAUUUCUAUUGGUUUCACCUUUUUUCUUUUUAUGUUUUAUAUCAUAUGUCAUACCUAUAAAUUAGUGAAGAAAUACAAAGAAAAAAAUAAUAGAGAUGGUUACAUAUGCAUGAUUCAUAGUGAUGAUGUCGGUGUUAUAAUUUCAUUUUCUUCUUCUGUACAAGUGGGUAAAUAUUUUAAUAAGACCUUGUAAGUCUAUUUUGUGUA